UCUGAGGCUGAGUGGUCUGAGUUCCUGCUGCUGGCUGGAGGGCAGCUAGUGAGUGACCUUGGCCGUCCGUCUCUGCUGCUGUUCUGCCAGUUCGUUUAUUUCAGCCUCUCUUAGGUCGCGUUGUUGCCUUCAUUAUUCCGGCCUUUUCGCUGCGUUCCUGCGCGCUUGCAUCCAUCGCCUUUCCACCAUCUGACCUCCUCCUCCCGCCAAUCCAUCGUCGAAAAUCAUCGCCUCACUCCUUAUCGCACCAUCUUCCAUCCAAUACCGCAAUCCGUGUAUUCCCAUCCGUCCAUUCUCAUCCGUCCAAUCCCGUCCGUCCAUUUCCAUUCCGAGGAUUUUAGGGGAACAAUUAUCGCCCUCCACUCGCCUCUAGGUGGUGUCAGACCACAUGGAAUAGCAGGAACGCCAUAGACUGACGACCCUGUCAGCGACGCUUCCCGUGACUCCAGCAGCAGUGCUGUCUUUUGCGCUCGGCUCGGACGCUACUAGUAACGUGCUUUGAGGACGAGGUUAUAGUUGACACCGACUCUCUUGGUCGAGAUUACCGGAGCGACCCACGUUGUUGGUCGUAGGCGAACGCCUGUCGUCGCUCGUUGAGAGGCCUGAAGCGUUUGCCGCUGUUGUCUGGCCUUCGAGCGUCUGUCAUCGUUGGCUGGCCUUCGAACGUUUCUCGUGUUUUUCGUCGUUGGCUGAUAGUUGUCUGUCAUCAUGUGGAAAUUCUGCCUCGCCCGGCUCCCGCCUACAAGGCGUCUCGCACAAGCUGGUCGUUCAACACGUGGCGCCACGUCAUACCUUUACCGCCACGUGUCAUGCGUCGACGACCUAUCGCCUGCGAGCACCACGUCAGCACUGUAUCAUGACGCGUCUGCAUCAUCCGGUGGUGCUUAUCUGCACAAUUCUCAGUCCUAUUCCUACCUCCAGCAGCUGCUACCACAGUCUCGCCAGCCUCAUUCCCAGGCACAACGGCGUUGGUUCUCGGACUCAGCUGGUCAAUUUGAGAUUCCGAAAGAAAAGCUCUUCUCUAAGGUGCUGGUGGCCAACAGGGGGGAGAUCGCGUGCCGAGUCAUGAAGACGGCACGAGCGCUGGGCAUCCGCAGCGUGGCCGUUUACUCCGAGCCGGACGUGGAGAGCCUGCACGUUCGCAUGGCGGACGAAGCCGUGUGUGUGGGCCCAGCACCUGCAGCGCAGAGCUAUCUCAACACGGACGCUGUGCUGGACGCUAUUAGGAGCACGGGGGCUGAUGCGGUGCACCCGGGCUACGGCUUCAUGUCUGAGAACGCCAUGUUCGUGGAGCGGCUGGAGGAGGAGGGCGUGACGUUCGUGGGGCCUUCUGUGAACGCCAUUGACGCCAUGGGGGAUAAGAUUCACAGCAAGCGGUUGGCAAAAGAGGCAAAGGUGAACACUAUUCCGGGAAAGGAGGACGUGAUCAGGGACGAGGACCAUGCUGUUGAGAUCGCGCUGGAGGUGGGCUUCCCAGUCAUGCUCAAGGCCUCUGGUGGUGGAGGAGGCAAGGGCAUGCGAGUUGCAUGGAACGAGAAGGAGGUGCGGGAGCAGUUUAGCGUGUGCAAGGCGGAGGUGGCAUCCAGCUUUGCGGAUGACCGCAUCUUCGUGGAGAGAUUCAUCGACAGGCCGAGGCACAUUGAGGUGCAGGUCAUGGGGGAUAAACACGGCAAUGUGGUGUGGCUGCCGGAGCGAGAGUGCUCCAUUCAGAGGCGAAACCAGAAGGUGAUAGAGGAGUCUCCUAGCACGUUUCUGGAUGAAGCCACAAGGGAGGCCAUGGGCGAGCAGGCAGUGUCGCUGGCCAAGGCAGUCAACUACGACUCUGCUGGCACGGUUGAAUUUCUUGUGGACUCGCAACGCAACUUCUUCUUCCUCGAGAUGAACACGCGCCUGCAGGUGGAGCACCCGGUCACCGAGUGCGUUACCGGGCUGGACCUCGUGCACCUCAUGUUCCACGUGGCAGCAGGCCAUUCGCUGCCCAUCGACCAGGAGCGGGCGAGGAGGAUCAACGGGUGGGCGAUGGAGUCGCGGGUUUACUGCGAGCAUCCCUUCAUGAACUUCCUGCCCUCCACGGGCAAGCUGCGGCGGUACCGAGAGCCCAAGGAGGUGCGAAAGGCGAAUGAGAUCGUGCGGCUGGACACAGGGGCGGUGGAGGGGCAGUACAUCUCCAUGUACUACGACCCCCUUUUGUCUAAGCUGGUCACGUGGGGCCCAACCAGAAAGGAUGCUCUCGAGACCAUGAAGCACGCCUUGGACCGCUACUAUGUGUGCGGGCCGUUCAACAACAUCUCCUUCCUCCGCUGCAUCUUCUCACAACCAGCAUUCGAGUCUGGCGACAUCAGCACCAAGUUUCUGGACAUCCACUACCCUCAUGGCUUCACAGACGAUCGGCUGACACCUAGAGAAGAGAAAGAGGUUGCAGCAAUCGCAGCGUUUCUCGACAUUGUCAAAUCCAGGAGGUCCCUGCAAGCUGUCAAUGCAGCCGCGCCAGGCACACCUGGCGCAAUAGGAAACGGACACCUGGAGCACGCUGGUUGGGCGGACGAGGAGGGGGGAGGGGAAGGAGAGGAGGGGGAGGAGGAGGAGGGAGGGGAGGGGCUGAGAGGGAAGGCAGAGAUGGUGGUGAAUUCGGACGGGGUGGAGUACCCAGUGGUGGUGCGGCAUUGGAGCAAGGAGAAGAAACCGCACCUCUGUGUUGCUGACAUAGAGGUGGAUGGGGAGGUGAUUCGAGUAGAGGAGGCGGUCCCAGUGGGGUUGGGGCGGGGGGUGGUGGAUAUCCGGGUGGAUGGGGAGGACACGGUGUGCAUGGUCAUGGAGAAGCACGCGAGGGGAUUUAAACUGGUCUAUGACGGAUGCACCAAGGAUGAGGUGCUAGUGCAUCAAAAGAAGGUCGCUCCUCUGCAGAAGUACAUGCCCCCCAAGAAGGUCCAAGAUGUCUCCAAGAUGGUGAAGGCUCCGAUGCCUGGCGCAGUGGUGGCGAUUGGUGUCAAGCCAAACAAGAAGGUCCUUCCUGGCGAUGAGCUGAUAACGAUUGAAGCCAUGAAGAUGCGCAAUGUGCUACGAGCAGAGGAGGCCGCCACUGUGAAGGCUGUGUAUGUAAAGGUUGGCGCCUCUUUGUCGUUGGGCGAGACCAUGAUUGAGUUUGAAUAAACUUACUCGCCCGACGCCCACCGCAGAAAUCACAGUUGGAAGUUAUCUUCUUGCAGUAUUACAAUGCAUGGAAUGUAUCAAUGCCAUUCUUGUAUUGCUGCUACUACGAUGGCGUGUGAAGAAAUGUUGACGGGUUUGAGAAUGGCAAAUACGUGACUUUUGCACGCAAACUAUUUAUAGGGUGAUGAUUAGGCAGUGUGGAUCAAGGAGAGUCAUCUAAUUUGUUCCACUAUGCUACGUUUUCAAUUAUACAU